UUUAAUAGUAAGUAGCAGAAUCCUCUCAGUUAUCAAUCCAAUCAGCCCAAGCCAAUUGAUUAAAGCAUCUUCCAUUCAAAGCCGUCCCGAACACGUGACCCAAAAACCCGUCCAGACACAAUUGAUCCCGAAACCCGGUCGGGGGCCCGUACAUUUUUAGAACCGCUGCACCGUGGGUCUCACCCCCGGGCUAAAUAUACUCAUACAUAUUCCGCUUCCACGAAACCACGAUUCCCAGUACACACUCCCCCACCAUCGUCCGCUUACGCCGUGUGUGCGUUCUCGGAACCGCUCCGUCUCGCUCCUGUCCGCUAUCUGUCUGACGGGUGCGACGGAGACACAACGACCGCCAUCUUGUCUCUCGCUCUGCGCCGUGCACUUGGAAGUUCCAAGUUGGAACGGCACGGCGAUUCGGAGGCGCACUCGGCCAGAGACUGUUGCGCUAGAUGGUUGCACUGAGGUUCGGUUAGAGCUCGUAAUUUUUGUUUGUGUGCUACACCCCUGGAUUAUGUGCCCGUAAGUCGUCCGAGUGAAUUGUGCAGGAAGUGUGCCUUUACGAUUGUUUAUUAGGAUUAAUGUGCUACCCGUUUCACAUUCGGAUUUACCAUGGAUGUAAUGUACAGACCGACGUGUUGACAAUUGGGCAUGGCAUUAGCGUGCAAUGUUAGGCUGUAGCGCGACAUGUCCCAACUGCAGGCACGAGUUCACGUGCUGCACCGCCGCCCCGAUGGCUCCCGCCUGCUGCAGUGUGCGCCGCUCCAUGCAGGCGCUGAGCGGCGGCGGCCUGGUCGCCUCCACGCCCCAGACCAGUCUGAUGCGCACGCCCUUGCCCGAUCUGCUGGCGCCUCGUGCGAGCACAGGUGGAGGCGGCGGCGGCGGUUGUGCCUCGCCCCAAGUGUCGCCCAGCGCACCGCUCGCCUUCGUCAUACCGUCGUUUGCGACGCCCCUGCAGCUGGCUCCGCCGCCCGCAGACUCCAAACCGGAGACGGAACUGCAAAAGUUACGCGAUACGGUUUCGGCGUUACGCCUUUCAGGAUUCUACUACGAGGGCAUCAGCUACGAGCAGGCAAACGAUCUGUUGAAGGACAGUAAAAUCGGCACGUUCCUGGUGCGUAACUCGUCGGAUCCGCGAUUCCUGUUCUCGUUGAGUGUGCAGACGGAGCGCGGCCCCACGUCGGUCCGCCUGUUCUACAUCAACGGCUACUUCAGGCUGGACGCGCAGCAGCACCUGCAAUCGGCCAUGCCGAUGUUCCCCAGCGUGAUCGAGCUGGUGCAGCACUACGUGAACCAGAGCAAGGCGAACAACGCCGCCCAGGUGUGGGUGGAUCCACAAGGCAAGUGGUACUCCAGCAUACUGUUGGAGCGGCCGCUUAGGAAGAAGGAGCCCGGCUCGCUGAAACAUUUGGCUAGGGUGGCGAUACACAAGGCCCUGGAGGCGUCCAUCAAACCCAGGCUGUCCAUAUUGCCCGCCCCCCACACUCAGUUGGACUUGCCAAAGAGUCUAACCAAUUACCUGUCGGAGUAUCCGUAUUCCUUAUAGCCUUAGUUCAUGUUGUGCUACCAAAGACUAGUAUCAGUACCAUAUACAUACUGAUCAUCAGGGAACACCAAUAUAGUAUUCUAAAAACUGUUUAGAUAGGAUUUUCAAAUUAUUAACUAAUUACCAGAUGUUGUUGUAGUGGAUAACUGGUGCUACUGAAAGAAACGGCCAGUUAUCUGAGUAAGCCACAUUGGCUUUUGUAAAUAAUUUAUUAUUUUUAUUUUUUAUACCUAUAUUUAUUGUACAUUUGCCAGAUACGUAUUUAGUUCUAAUUGCACCUUCCUCAUUUUAUUUAUUAUAUCAUUUCAUCUCAAACUCUGUAAUCUUUAGUACUAGUACGGUUUUAAUCCGAAAGAUUCGUUUACUCAUCUUUCUCUGUUGUAAUAUUGUUUUAACGGAAAUUCUAGUCUGAUAUAAUAUUGUAUUUUUGUAAUUCUAUUUUAUUAUUAGUUGUACAUAAAACUGGACUUGAUCCGGAACCCAUUGUUGAGAUUAACGAAACGCUGCGAAAUUAUAUGGAGAAAGUCGACAAUUAUUAACGAAUGUCUGAUGAGAAUGUUUUUGAAUGAUCUAGAAAAAAUGUAUUUAUUUCCCUAGUAAAAUAUUAAAUUAUUUAUUAUUUUCAAACAAAA